UUAAACUCAAGCCUCAAAUCAACUCUUCUAUUUGUUCAGCAGGUGCAUUCAGGAGUGCUCAUUCUACUUCUACAAUGGCUGCUGCUACAAUGGCUCUUUCUUCCUCUACAUUUGCCGGAAAGGCAGUAAAACUCUCACCAUUUUCCUCUGAAAUCACCGGAAAUGGAAAAGUCACCAUGAGAAAGACUGCCACCAAGGCCAAGCCUGUCUCUUCUGGCAGUCCAUGGUAUGGUCCUGAUCGAGUAAAGUAUUUGGGCCCAUUCUCUGGUGAAUCACCAAGCUACUUGACCGGUGAGUUUCCUGGUGACUACGGGUGGGACACUGCUGGACUUUCAGCCGAUCCAGAAACUUUUGCCAAGAAUCGUGAGUUGGAGGUGAUCCAUUGUAGAUGGGCCAUGCUUGGAGCACUUGGUUGUGUCUUCCCCGAGCUCUUGGCCCGUAACGGUGUAAAGUUCGGUGAGGCUGUUUGGUUCAAAGCAGGAUCCCAAAUUUUUAGCGAGGGUGGACUUGAUUAUUUGGGCAACCCAAGUUUGGUCCACGCACAAAGCAUCUUGGCCAUUUGGGCUUGCCAAGUUGUGCUUAUGGGAGCAGUUGAGGGUUACCGUGUUGCCGGUGGGCCUCUAGGUGAGGUUGUUGACCCACUUUACCCUGGUGGAAGCUUCGAUCCAUUAGGCCUUGCUGAUGAUCCAGAGGCUUUUGCUGAACUCAAAGUGAAGGAGAUCAAGAAUGGUAGACUUGCUAUGUUCUCCAUGUUUGGAUUCUUCGUUCAGGCUAUUGUCACUGGAAAAGGUCCAUUGGAAAAUCUUGCAGACCACCUUGCUGACCCAGUUAACAACAAUGCAUGGGCUUUUGCCACAAACUUUGUUCCCGGAAAGUGAAGUUCUUAAUUAAAAUAGAGUCUCUUCUUGUAUUUGAUUGUUUGAUAGCCCUGUAAAGCAAGCUGUUGUAAGCUAUUGUAAAUUACUGGAGAUUAUCUAUGAAUUUUUAUUUGAUCUCUAA